GCUGCCGCCGGAUCACGUGACUGUGUUCCGCCCCGCCCCCCCCCGCCGUCCGUAUAGCCGCGCGGCGGGCGCGAGGUUGGGUAGGUGCGCGCGCUGAGGGGUCCGGGCGGGAGCGGCGGCUGUGGGAUCCUAUGAAUUCCAAAAUGAAGCAGAAACCGAACGUGGAAAAAUCAUCAGGAUCCCUGCAGAAGUACCUCACAGACACCACAUGCAGUGCUGCCCCAAGACGGACUCUUAAAAUGAUUCAGCCUUCAGCAACAGGUUGCCUGGUUGGCAGACUUAAUGAGAAGAAAUCUUCAGUCAAAAGGAAACUCUGGAAUAACAAGUUAACCUCAAAGGCUUGUAAAGCUGAGGUGUCUGUGGACAAAGAGCAAGAAAAUGAGAGUACAAAUGAUGUCAUUCAAGCUGUAGACCUCAUGAUAAAAGGGAGCCCUUCAUCUCAAUAUUGGAAAGAACUGGCUGAAGAAAGGAGGAAGGCUUUGUAUGAAGUGCUUCAAGAAAAUGAAAAGCUGCACAAAGAAAUUGAACAGAAAGAUGGUGAAAUUGCCCGCCUAAAAGAAGAAAAUGAAGAGCUAAUGUCCCUUGCUGAACAUGUGCAUUAUAUGACCAGCGUGAUUGAGAGGCUAACUGGGCAAGUACCUGACAGUCCUGAGACCCUGAAGAGUCUGGCUCUAGAGGAAUUCAAACAAGAAAAUGAAGACCUUAAGUGUGGAGGUGACGCAGAGACCACUUCUGAAGAAGGGCCAUCACAAGUAUCAUGUGGCUUAAGGGAGAGUAUAUCAGAUCUUGCUUCAAAGGAAGCAUGUAAUUUGCAACUGGAAUGACAACCUUUAAAUAGGCUUGUGUAUGUGGCUUUUAAUUGGAGACUUCCUCUUGAAAGGAUAUAUUAAAACUUCUCAGGUAUAGAAACUCUUGUGGAAUCAUUAGAGAUGUUGGUUUUUAACUGGAAUUAUGUAGCAGUGGGAGUAUCUGGAUACUGCAUAGAGAACUUACUACAGGCUGCACUUAGUUGCUUGUAUAAAAUGCAAAUACUGUGUAUUUCAAACUGUUGUGUAAAUAUCUUAUCAGUUGGUCUGAUGUGAUAUGUGAAAAUUGAUAAAUAAAUCUUUGCCUUUCCAAAACAGCCUCUUAUUCAAGUGGGGAAUGGCUAGUUCUAGGUUUAUAGGUCAGUUGUGACUACUGUAGAUGGAGGCUUUCAAGCUUUUAGGGAGUACCCGGGCAGUCUUUAACUCCUUAGAUUUGCAGAAUUCUGGAGAACAGAGUGAUUUUGGUGGAUAGGGAAAGCAAAACAAAACUUAUGUGCUUCAGAAAGUCAAGAAUGGGUAAUAAGAGUCAAGAUCUAAGGUUUAGUUAGAUUUGUGCUUUUCAGGGGUUUCUAAAUAACUGCCUCUGUCUUUUAAGGGAGCCUUUUCCAAGAUGUAUAAAUAAGAGACAAAAUAAGUAUGAAGUAUUAGACAGUCUCUUUUAGAAGUUCAUUUAUUGGCUUAUAAAGAAAAGGUGGUGUGUUUUUGCUUCUAAUAGCAGCUGUACUGAAAAUGAGAUGGAGAACAAGGCAGCCUACACUUCAGAGCUACUCUGGAAGGAAACUCACUGUCUGCUUUCAAAGUACUGAUCUGGUAUUUACUGAGAGAUGAGGCACCUUUUUACCAGAUAGUAACAUUCUGAAGGGCCUACAGGAAUAAAAAGCACUCUUUAAAACUUACCUGCUUAUCUGGCAUCCAUAUGGGGGGGGAAAAAUAUCUGCAGUUGAAUACAGGUUUUCAAGUCCUGAGUGAACUUGGCAGUUGUUUUGUAAGUGACAAGGACUUCCAGGGAUAGGCAUUAAAAGAUGGUGGCCAUUGCAAUGUCUUGUGAAGAGCUUAAAGUUGAGUGGCUUUCAGGAGGCAGAGAUAAUCACAGGAACUCUGGUUUAUGGAUCUAUUGAUCCUUGCUGAAAUAGGUGCUUCAGGGUAUGUGUGAACACACCUGUGGAGCUAUCAGAUUGGCACCUUUUAGCUUCCUUCUGUAUCUUAGUCUCUCCUUGUGGGUUUCUGUAGGUUAAAAGAUGUUUCACAACUGAUUUCAGUUGUGACAUUUGGGGAAUGUCAGAACCAUUGUAAUAGUCUUUCUGGCUUCCAUUUUGCCUUGAAUCCGGUAACCACAAGGUGAGGUACUGUAUUUUCCUGGGAACUUCGUAAACAACAGAUUACACCUUUCAAUUUGUGCUGCAGAGGGUGCUUAGACAUGAUCCUUUCCAUCACAGUGCAGAAGUGGUGACUAAGGGGUGUGCUUUAACUGGCACUGGCAUUGUGUUUAAUUAAAAAACAAAAAACCCCAAACAACCUGGGUGCUGGAUAACUGCUUUGUAGAGUAACCUUGGAUUUCUGUUCAAAAGAAACAGAUAACACUGUCAAGUGACUUAAACCUUUCCUAUCUCAGAUACUGAGUAAUUGUCAUGUCAGAGUAGCUCAUAAAUGAGGAAACACAUAAAACUUGUUAUAACAGUCUUUAUGCAGUGUGAUUAAGUUAUUCAUAGUUAACAGUCAUUCCUCAGAGGGGGCUUUAUUUUUAAACAUCAGAAAUAUUUUGCAUUUGCAGAGACUGGAGAAGGGAAGAAAGCAGGGUUGCAUAACUAGCUGGCCAGGCAGACCGGUCCAGUCCAACUGAGACAGCGUGUGCAGCUUCUCUUCUACCCUUUCACCUGUGAACUGCUGUAAUACAGGUGCUGUUGUUAGAACAAAGAACUGCCAGAAAGUAACAAAUCCAGAAUUUGGAUGCAUUUUCUACAUCUGGUUCUUAACUUAUUUUCAGCAAGAUGGUUAAGAAGAGUGCUUUAUUAGGCUUAAAUCUUGUGCUUUUUCUUAAUUGAUUUUAUUAAAAUAACAAGGACAAGACAGUUGCUUGAGUAGGUAGAUCCUUAUUUCUGUUGAAAUGGAUUGUGUACAAAAAUAAACCAUGUAAGCUCUUCAUGUGUGCUGAUGAAUGUAUUGCAGUAUUUGGCCCACCUGUAAUAGAGCAACUUUUUACAUCAAAAAGACAUGGGCCACUCAGUAAUACAUAGACAGACUUGCACCACAAGUCUUCAAACCAAGCUACUGUGGUUUUACUGACUUUAUUCAUUAGCAGAGAGAAUAGUUUGCUACAUGCUGCAGGAGAAGACCAGGUAUGAGAGCUGAAUUGUGGCAUAGAGCAUGUAUAUAGAUUUUCAUUCUGUAUCUCUGUGACAGAUGUAUUGGUCCUUGAUCAAGUAAUCUCCCUAUGCCUUUUAUAGCAGAGAUAUUAAUGUAUGAAAGUGUUGUCAGAAGCUUUAUGAUGCUGCAUUAAUUGCUAUUUGAAAAUGUUCUAGAAGGGUCAGGUUUCAUUUACUGUCCUGAAAAUUCCAGGGUACUUUUUUUAAAAUAUGCAUGCAGUAGAACUAACUUACAUAGUAAGUAUAGGAACUUUGUGUGCAUGUGUGAAAGGCUUGUCAAAUGUGUAGAAAUUAUACAGAUGUUUGUGUGAUGAGUUCUGUUAACAAGCAUCUCACCUUUUAUUUUUAAGUAUAUAGGGGAACUCAUUUAUCACUGAAACAUAGCUAUGUAACAGCUGAAAAUUAACAUCGCUAAAGACAAAGAAACUUUAUAUCCAGCUAAAU